AUGGCUCAGGUCGCAAGCCCUCCUCUCCCGCCUACCCCCCCUCCGCCCAUUUACUCCCCUCUUCGAACGAAUAGUCCGCGAAUAAUGGCGCCUAUGGAAGAGAAAGGAAGUACACAACUGCCGGCUUAUCAGCAGAGGAAUCUUCCCUCAAGACAACCGAGCAACCCUUCCAUAUCCAUGUCUCCAGCGGACAGCGGGCCUGAGAAGGAGUUGUACGCGACCACUGAAGUUCAAAUCAGUCCACCUGCAACCGCCUUAUCAAGAUCGUCCGACCCUGUCGAGCCGACCCGAACGUUGACCCCCCAGAUAUCUCUACAGCAAGUCCCCAGUAGGUUGUCUCCGGCCCCUCAGGCCAUGCGUCGACGACAAGUAGGAGAAGGACAGAAUCUGGACAGCGUCGAGCAUCGGAGGGUGUCCUCAGAGAACCUCACUCCUAAGGAUGGGCUUGAACUGACACCUUUCCAAAAACGAUCCGUCCGCCAUGUCUCGACCUCUGUCCUUGAUGUAGACGCACCUUCGGAGGACUUUGAACCACUGCGAUACCAUCAUCAAGCGCUGGAAGACCCGGAAAUCAGAGCACUGGACAGGCGAGCGUCAAGGUUGACGGUUAUGACUGAUGGCUCCGGGCCUGCAGACGGUUCGCGAAAUAGCACCUAUGGACAGAACCUGCGGCGGCCCGACUCCGGCUUUUCCAGCACAUCUGAUUUCCGCGGGCGACCUUACUCUCCCAGUCUGUCGCCUGCCCGGCCAGUCUCCCGAGGAUCCCGGUCGCCCGACACCCGACCACUGUCAUAUGUCGAUCUCUUGAACGUUCCAUAUCCUCAACCGGCUCCGAGUGGGGCGGAGAAUCUGGUCAACUCCGGCCUUCGUACCGUGGUCGGAAACAAUGCGGCUUUGCUGUCGACGCGCAAGACGCUGGACAUGUACCGAGCCAAUGUCAAGAAGACGAACGACCCAGCGGUGCAGUAUGAGUUUGCCAUUUUCAUGAUCAGUGCCGCUCAGGAGGAGGGACUGGAGGAAGAGGGCGACGCCGCCUCGGCAAUAUCUGGGAAGUCGCAUACAUCAGUGAGGGAAGAACUUCUGAAGGAGGCGAAGCAUAUUCUGCAGAAACUGGCCGACCGGUCAUACCCCUUCGCCCAAUAUUAUCUGGCAGACGGAUAUGCGUCGGGCUUGUUCAGCAAAGGCAAGGAAGAUUGGGAUCGAGCAUUCCCCCUUUUCCUGGCCGCGUCCAAACACGGUCACGCCGAGGCGGGGUACCGUACCGCCCUGUGUUAUGAGUUUGGCUGGGGUUGCCGGGUAGAUGCAGCGAAAGCGGUGCAGUUUUACCAACACGCGGCCAGCAAAAAUCAUCCUGGCGCCAUGCUUCGACUAGGACGAGCCUGUUUGACGGGCGAUAUGGGAUUGACGAAGCGGUACCGGGAGGGCGUGCGAUGGCUCAAGCGAGCGGCCGAGUCGGCCGACUUCCAGUACAACCAAGCACCCUACGAUCUGGCUUGUCUCCACGAGACCGGCUAUGGUCCGGACGUGUUCAAGGACGAAAUUUACGCCGCUCAACUGUACACCAAAGCAGCUGAUCUCGGAAAUGUCGACGCCAACUACCGAAUGGGCCGGGCUUACGAGUUCGGCGAGCUCAACUGUCCGAAAGAUCCAGCCUUGAGCAUCCACUUUUACACCGGAGCUGCCGAACGAGGCCAUGCUCUGUCACAACUGGCCCUGUGUGCCUGGUACAUGGUCGGCGUCCCCGGGGUAUUGGACAAGGACGAGAGUGAAGCCUACGAGUGGGCCAAGAAGGCUGCGGAGCAGGGAUUGGCAAAAGCACAAUACACGGUUGGUUACUUCACGGAAAUGGGCAUUGGCUGUCGUCGUGACCCGCUCGAGGCCAACGUCUGGUACGUUCGAGCCGCGGAUCAGGGUGAAGAAAGAGCCAAACAUCGCAUUGCCGCCAUCCGCGCGGCCGGUGCUGGCGCUGACCCGGUCACUGCGGCAUCUUCGAAGAAAGGCACGCUGACGACCAGCACAAGUUCGGGGAACAAAGGACCUCAGGGUGAGCAAACUUGGACAACGCUUUCCAUCGAUACGACAGCACUGACAAUGACAAAAACAGAAGGCGAAAAGAAAAAGAAAUUUGGAAUCUUUUGA